AGGGAGGGCUGUCUGUUUGAGCCCAAGCAUGGGCAGUAUGUAGCAUGCCAGCCUCUAACCACAGGGCAACAUUAACACAUAAUUUUGUAGUCUUUCUUAUUAAGGAUCACUGGUUUUACCAUGGAGCUGAAUCUGAAUCUAAAGACAGUGCUGCUUACGAUGAUGAUGUUCAAAUGGGGAAUCCUCUGCACAGCCACGUCAGACAAAUGUUUGUCUGCACCCUGCCAGAAUGGAGCUACCUGUGUGGACACCAUGGAUGACUACGCCUGUAUCUGUGCCAAAGAAGGGGUCCAAUACAUGGGCAAAACCUGUGAUGAAUUCUAUGAUGCCUGCUCCUUCGCACCAUGUGAAGUCUGUUCCAGCACCCCUGGGACCAGAGAGUACCAUUGCAUCUGCCCAGAAGGACUUACGGGUGAUAACUGCACAGAGGAGGUGGACGAGUGUCAGAGCAAUCCCUGCUCUGAACCCCGUUCAAUGUGUAUAGACCAGUUGAACGGUUACUUCUGCAGAUGUCCUGCUGGGUUGGGAGGACAGGUCUGCAAAACACGUGUAACUGACUGCAUCGAUGAACCCUGCAGGAACAAUGGGACUUGUGUGUUACAAGCAGAAGGCUUCGAAUGCCAUUGUGCAACAGGGUUCAAGGGGAAGACUUGCGAGGAAGAUGUGAAUGAGUGUCUAUCAGAGCCUUGUCAGAAUGGAGCUAUUUGUAUAGACGGGGUGGCAGAGUUCCACUGCUUCUGCGUGCCUGGUUUUCAGGGCUACAAGUGUGAAAUAGACAUCAACGAGUGUGCUUCACGACCCUGUGAGAACAAUGCCACCUGUAUCAAUGAGAAGGACCACUAUAAAUGUGAUUGUCUGGCAGGCUUUGCAGGAGUCAACUGUGACAUUGAAAUAGACGAGUGUGAGUCCAGUCCCUGCCGCAAUGGAGCCACCUGCCAUGACCUGAUCGGCAUGUACUCAUGUGAAUGUCUGCCUGGGUUUGACGGCAUCGACUGUGAGGUUGAUGUGGAUGAGUGUGCCAGUGAUCCCUGUCAGAAUGGAGCUGUCUGUCAUGACAUGGUGAACAGCUAUGAAUGUGACUGCAGUGAUACAGGAUUCCAUGGUGACCACUGUGAAGUGGACAUCCUUGAGUGUGCCUCUGAUCCCUGCCAGCAUGGUGCCACAUGUCUAGAGGGAGUCAAAGGAUACACAUGCCUCUGCUGGUCAGGUUAUGAAGGACCAAACUGUGAGAAUGACAUAGAUGAGUGUACAGAGCAGCCUUGUGAGAACGGUGGAGAGUGUUUUGAGCGUUCAGAUCCGUCUCACUGGGAGAUGGAGUGGGAGCUCAGUUAUGCAGAUGCAGCUGGAUAUAUUUGUCAGUGUCAGUCUGGGUUUGCAGGAGAGAACUGCUCUGUGAACAUUGAUGAGUGUGAGUCUGAACCCUGUCAGAAUGGAGGCACUUGUGAGGAUAAGAUCAAUGGCUACAUCUGUACGUGCUCAGCUGGAUUUCUAGGUGAGCUGUGUGACAUGGACAUUGAUGAAUGUGCGAGCCAACCCUGUCAGAAUGGUGGCUGGUGUGAAGAUAGCAGAGCGUCCUACAUCUGCCACUGUCCUGAGGCAGAGCCAGGUGAACUACCUUGGGGAGGAUAUCACUGCGAUGUGAGACUCCACGGCUGUGUGGACCAUGAAUGCCAGAAUGGAGCCACCUGUCAUCCAUGGCUGGAGAGUGGAGAACACAAUCACACGUGCUUGUGUCCUCAUGGCUUCUAUGAUGAGCAGUGCUCCACAAGUACAACAUUCUCCUUCUCCACUCCAGGAUUCAUUCACAUUCAGGUUGCUCUAAAAGAAAGGAGCCGAAGGGAAGUUGAGCACCAUGUUCAUAAGGGUUUCGAGGUACAGCUACGUUUUAGGACCACUAUACCCAAUAUGUUGCUCAUCUACAGAGGGGAUGUGGACAACCACUUUAUCCUAGAGAUUGUGAAUGGUGGUCUUAGUGUUAAAGCUUUUUCUGAGGAAUCUAAUCUUGAUGUAACAUUUCCAGGCUUGGUUAAUGAUGGGGCCUGGUGGAAUGCUCAUGUUCUUCUAGAUAAUCAAGGUCUAAUUUUGAUUAUAAAAGGCCCUGGAUGUGACGGUGAUGGGUGUAGGGUUAUGGAUGUUAGCACAAAUGAAUUACCUUUCCAGCCCUCUGAAGCCUUCACUAACAUUUAUAUAGGUGGAGCACCAAAGGAGCUUUUGGAGGGCUCUGCAAGUGAGGUGGGAUUCAUUGGAUGUAUGGAAGACUUAAUGAUAGACUCGAACCUUAUCCUACCCCAAACACUACCAGAGGACCAAGGCCACGAGCUGGGCUGCAGUAAGAAUGAAUGGUGUAAGCCUGAUCCCUGCUAUGGGCAUGGACGUUGUGUGGACCUGUGGACCAGCUACCAGUGUGAGUGUUACCGUCCCUUCCACAGUGAGAGCUGCUCUAAAGAAUUCCCUUCAUGGACAUAUGGCCAUGAGGAAACAGUGAGUUUCAGUGCCUACAAUGUGAGUAAGAGCCUUGGGAACAACUUCAAUGUGUCCUUUUUCCUGAGGUCAUUAAAGCCAGAUGGACUGCUGUUCCAGCUGAGGAGACCUACAGAGGAAGAGGGGGAAGAGGUCUACUUCUCAAUCCAUCUAGGGAUGGGGAGAGUUCUGGUUAGCUCUCUGCCUAACACUGUCCCACUGACAGCGCCAGUAUUUGUGACCACUGGUGAGAGGCAACUUUUGCAGGUGGAAGUCCAACAUAGACAAGUAAUCUUUGAGCAUGCAGGCCUUCGCUAUGGAAUAGGAGAGAUUCCUGAAGUGAAUAUUAACAGUGGAGAUCAGGCCUAUGUAGGAGGGCUUCCAGGAGACUUUCACUCGGAUAUGUGGGGGGGCUAUUACAAAGGUUGCCUGCAGGACCUUCGUUUAGCCUCAGUGUAUCUCGAUGGAGAUGCCUGGAACAUUUGGGAUGAAGAGAAAGUGCUUUUACCAAGUGAUGCUGAAAAUGUAAAGAAGGGGUGUGUCAGUGAUGAUACUUGCAAGAUGAAGCCUUGUCAAAACGGAGGAGAAUGCACCAUCACAUUCAAUGAUUUUACAUGCUCCUGUCUGGCGGAAUACACCGGAAAGACCUGCAAAAAACGUGUUUGGUGUAUAAGCGGUCCUUGUGUCAAUGGUGGCCAUUGUGUGGACCUCCCUGAUGGAUAUGAAUGUCUACACAAUGCCACAUUUGAGAACAAUCCUGUGCAAUACAGCGCUGGAGGCUCCCUGGCUGAACCUGUCUCUAAUAUAUACAUAGAGCUUCGGACUCGAUCAGAGAAUGCUUUGCUUCUGAGGGCCUCUUGGGGCUCUGACCUGUUUAUAGUGGGUCUUCUGAACUCCUCAGUACGAGUAGAAAUCCACAUUGGCAACAGUGUUGAGACACUGACCUUUACAGGAGUUCGCAGAGUGGCUGACGGGAGCUGGCAUCGUGUUAACGUCUCAAUGGCUGAGAAGGAGCGCAAACCCUCUCCCUGGGUCAUCACUGUGGAUGGAAUUAUAGACACCAGCAGCUUGCCGGAGCGCACGAAAAGUUUGCAAUUUAUCAAUGAGAAGGGGGCCAUGCUGGCGAUUGCAGAGAGCUUUGCUGGCUGCUUGGGUACAGUGAGAGUUGGUGGAGUUCACCUUCCUUUUACUGAUAACUAUAAAGCCCCACAGCAAUCCCAGUUCCAUUUCAUUGGGAAACCAAAGCUUAAUUUAGGCUGUACUAGUACCCCUGUUUGUGAUUCAGGUCCUUGUCUAAAUGGAGCCACAUGUGAGGACCUCUUCAAUAAAUUUAGCUGUGUGUGUGACUCUGGCUGGGAGGGAGAUCAGUGUGAGACUGACACUGAUGACUGUGCAUCUCAGCCCUGUGUUCAUGGAACCUGCAAGGACUACUUAACUGGUUUUGAGUGCUAUUGCCACCAAGGAUAUACUGGCAAACUCUGUGAUGAGGAUCUCAAUGAGUGUGAACAUCACCCUUGUGAACACGGAGGCACCUGUCAGGACGGACCCAAUAUGUACACCUGUACAUGUCCCAAAGACUACAAUGGUCCUCUCUGCCAGUGGGACUAUCCCCCAUUACAGUGUGGUGAAGAUGUCCAGUGUGCAAAUGAUGGGAUCUGCAAUGAUGGGCUUUGGGGAGCUAAUUGUACAUGCAUGCCAGGUUUUACAGGCACCAGUUGUGAAACAGAGCUCGAUGAAUGUGAGUCAAAUCCUUGUCGAAACGGUGGAUCCUGUUUGAAUCGGUUCAACAUGUUUGUGUGCGAGUGCCCCCCUGGCUACAGUGGUCCAGUGUGCGACACUAACAAACAAGCUCACAAAGAAGGCAUCUCCUGGCUGGUGGUAGCUAUCCCGCUGCUCUGUUUCUCUGUUCUAACACUGACCAUCAGCUUGACCUUCAUGAUGCUCACGGCCAGAAAGAAACGCCAGUCGGAGGGUGUAUACAGCCCCAGUGCUCAGGAGCUGGCAGGUGCCCGGCUGGAGAUGGACAGUAUGCUCAAAGUGCCGCCAGAGGAAAGACUCAUCUGACAAAAAGGCUGAGAAACCAAGGGUGUUAGAGGUGAUACUAGCACUAUGAGUUGGUGUGCAGGAUUAACUGAAACUUUUAUUGAAUACCUGGGCUGGUGUGAAGGACAGAUAUUGUAGGAUAAUGUCCCCUUUGUAUGAAGAAACAUUGGUAAAGAUCAAGUACUGACAAGUGUUGCUCCUCUGUCAUUUACUUGAAACAGACUGGCUACAAAAAAAUGUCAGACUUGACUGGACUGGUUGGAAAAAUCAAACUUUUUAACAUUUUGACAAAUACUGUUCUACUUAGAAGACAUUGGGCCUCUUUCAUUCACUUAAGAGGAAAUUUCUUCUUUAAACCCACCUUUGCAGAUUUUACAAAGAUCCUGACACUCACUGUGUGUAAGUAUAAGUACGAUUUUAAACACAUGGACGUGUUGAAGAGGAGAACAUGUAAGUGCAUCCCUAUAUAUGUAUCAUUUUAUAGCCACUGCUGACAUGACUUAAUAUAACAGCUUUUUAUGGUUUAAGACCGGUGCCCCACCGUCUUUAAAUAUUUGUGAAUGCAUUGCUGACUCUUUAAACUUUCUUUUCAGUUUGUUUGAUUUUUGUGUGUGCACACAGCACUGCAGCCUCAUGCCCUUUUAUGGCCAUUAGCAGGGUGUUGACCUAUUCUCAUUGGAAUUACAGGCAUACGCCUUCAACUUACAAAGACAACAGCUUUCAUCAAUAUAAGAUCACAGGUGUGAAAAAUUCAGCAGUUUAUGAACACGUCAUGAAUCUGAUGUAGAAUUUUCUUUGAAACAUUCUUAAGAACAAAUGUAAGAACAAAAAAAAAACAAUAUCGGUAAAUGAGGCCCAUUGUGUCUUAAAGAGAGUUAAGAAUACUUAUGAGUGUACUCUAAUGCAAAGCGUAGUAGACACAAACAUGUACUUGAAUACAUAACUUUAAUGCCACGUCACAAAUUAGAAAAUCAGAUCAGAACUGGAACAUUAGAUGUCACAUUUAUAUCAUGGGUUUCUCAUGGGGUUUUUGAACUUGCAGCUUUGACUGGAGCUCUUUUAAACAUCUCAUCUUGUAAUGGCCUCUUCCUCUGCAGUGGAUUAACAACACCAACUGGGGAACUGGCUCCGUCAAAUGAUUACUUUCAUUAAACCAACUCCUUGUAUCCACAUAACAGUAAUGGAUGGAAAAGUGCAUUAAUUUGGAUUUUGGUUUUCAGAUUUUCUGGAAACUGGGUUAAAAUUUGGAAACUUGACUAUUUACCAGUGGGGUGCUGUCAAGGCACUCAAGGUAAGCAGCGCUUAACUGCUAGACAUCAGUUGGAAAAUUCCAAAGUGUAAGCAAUACUUUAUUUAAUCAAUAACUGUUAUCAACAGCAAUUUUUCCCAUACAGAAUUUCUUUUUAAAUUGAUGCAUAUUUUAAAUGUAAAACAAACAACAACAAAAAAAAUAAUUUAAGAAGUAGUUGUGUUACUAGCAUCAAAACCUUGAACAGCUGUUUCUCUUUGGCUCUACAGUUUGUAUAUUUAUGUUUUUUCUGAGUUUUAACUGUUGUUGGGUUUUGAGAAUUAUUCUUAACAGCUCACAUGCACAAAGUGAGUAUCUACUAAUAUUUAUCUCAGCCUCUUCAGUAGCAACUUCAAAUUUGUUUGCAAUCAAUAACAAAUAUGUGAAACCCAGGCAAACUCAAGUUUGUUUUCUGGGUGAUGAAAACACUAUUUUUGUAGAAAUUAAGCUUUCAGUAUGAUCAACAUGAAGAAAAGAUUUUUGAAUAUAUGGUUGAAAUAUUCCAGCAUAAAUAAUUAAUGAAAGGAAAUAUAGAGUAAUCCUCAGGUUUUGGAGGACAAAACAUUUAACACAGUUUAAUGUAAAAAAGUACAGUAUUAGUAUCAGUUGUGUUUUAGACAAACAUGUUCUUAUUCUAAAGAAUUAAGGUCUUGGCUACACAUUAUGUCACUGUUUUCUGCUUUCCUUUCUCUUUGUUUUCUUUAUUUGAUGUACAAAAUGCAGAUAUUUUAUUCAAGUGAAAUGUUCUGAUUCGUCAUUUCAAUUUUCAAGGAUUAUUAAACAUACAGCUUAAGGCUUGGAACUGUUGAUUGGGGACUGUUAAAGUACAAGUAGCUUGAUAUUCAAGCAAGCUAAAAGGUUAAUGGAAACGAUAAAAGGGCUUAGGAAAUCAAAUAAGAAUGCAAAAAAGUUACAAUCUGAUAUGGGUGAAUGAAUCAAGUACUGUGGUGAAGCAAAAUCAAAACAUGAGUCAUUGGUGAAUUUAAAACUGCCUGAAAAUGACACUGAAACACAAAAUCAAUGUUUUCAUAAUGUUUAAAGUAAAUGAUAAAGGUGAGAUUAUCUGAACUUGAAAGACAAGAUCCACACGAGCAAAGUUGUUUGACAUGUGAUGUGUGCAAUAAAUCCCUGAAAUCCCUUCAUCCUGAAAUGGCUCUCAA